CGUCCGACCGCCGCCAGGGAGAGACGUGAGCGUUGCGAGCGAGCCCGCCGGUGAUAUAGCGCGUGAGCGCGAGUGCGAAGUGAGCCCAGUGUCGCGAGUGCCAGCGUCAGUGUGUGCGUGUGCGUGUGCGUAAGCGCUCGCGCGCGUGUGUGUGUGUCUGUGUCAGUGCAGUGAGUGCAGUGCUAGUGAGUGUCAGUGAUCAGUGUUUGGUGACGUCGCUCUCCUCGACGCUCCUCCUCGUCGCCAUGGUGCUCAGGGGCCGCCCGCCCGCCCUGGGGGCGGCCGCGCGCCGGUGACCUGGGCACGCUGAAGCGGGCCCGCGAGGGGGCCCGUAGCGGGGCCCACAGCGGGGCCCACAGCAGGGCCCACAGCGGGGCUCUCGACGGGGCCAGCCCGGCUCACCCGGAGGCCGCACCCCGGACCAAGUUGACGUCGUUCUGGAGCCCGGGCGCGCCGCGGCCAGCGCGGACCGUCCCCCGCCGUCGCCCAUGACUAUGAGUUGCCCGGAAGUGGUGUACCAGGCCUACUACCCCUACCUGUACCAGCGACCCAGCGGCGCAGUACACUCCGCGUCCAGGGCGGCGCCCUUCCCGCCCUUCCAGUAUGACCGGUUCAAUGUCCAGCGGCCGCUGGAGCAGCCGGCCUCGUCCCUCGGAGAGUCGUCGUCGGCCACGUCUGCCGGCGCCAGCAGCGCCGCCGGCAGCGGGGGCGGCUCCGGAGGCGGCUCCGGGGGCGGCUCCGGCUACCUGGGACUGCCCCACCACCCCCCUUCCUCCGUGGGCUCCGUGUCCUCGGGGGGCGGCGGCGUGGGCAGCCCCGGCUCUCCGCCCCUGUCCGCACCCUCCCUGCCGCGCCACAAGGAGGAGGACAGUGGCGGGCCCAGAAGUGCAGAGGGUGGGGUGGCCGACGACGAGGACGCCGAGCCGCUGCACGCCGUGGACCUGGACUCGAGCAGAGACUCGGCACACGGCCACGCACAGUACCUGUCCGCCAACUGCGUCGUCUUCACGCACUACAGCGGGGACGCGGCGGCCGUGGUGGACGAGCACUUCAGCCGCGCCCUGGCCUACGCGGACAGCAAGGCCGCGGUGCAGGGGAAAGAAGCCUCUCCGAUGACCGCGCGCAAUUUCCCGGCGUCCUUCUGGAACAGCAACUACCAGUCGCCCGGGGGCCUGGGCGGCGUCGGCGGCCUCGCGGCCGGGCUGAGCGCGGCGGGCAUGGCGGGCAUGGCCGGGGUGGCGGGCGUGUCGCACCACAGCGACCUGUACGGCGACGCGCACCCCUACCACCACGCGGCCGCCUCCAACCCCGCCGACCCCUGGCACUCGCACUACCAGCAGUACAGCGCCGCGCACCACCACAGAGGGUUCGACUACCACCACCACCACCACAACAUGGCGCAGUACGGCGGGCUGCUGCUGCCGCCCGCGCGGCUGCCCGCGCACGCCCACCAGUACAGCAAGGAGUGGGCGCCGGGCGGCCACCACCCCCACCACCACGGCCAGGCCGGAGUGGCGCACCACCACGGGCUGGACGCGGGGCCCGGCGGCUACUCCUACCCGGGCAUGGCUGGUCUAGAAGCCCAGGUGCAGGAAACCUCAAAGGACCUCUACUGGAUCUAGGGGAUUCACUUGCUGUCCGGGACCUAACAAAAUGUGAUGAAAGUGUAAAUACUGUUUGUAAUUUAUGAAAUUAGAACUGUUUUAUGAAGAUGUAUGAUCGACGUUUCGUGAGUGUGAUAACCCUAAGUGCGAACGAGUGUGUCUGAGUCCAUUGGACUUAGCUGUGCGGUGUGUAUGAAUAUCUCAAAGAACAGACCAAUAACUGAACUCGUAGAAAUAGGGUUUAGUUCCAAAAAAUAAGAAUCUUAUUGUAUUUAUUUCUUUAUAUUUUGUGAGAGUGAAAUUCAUCUAUAUAAUUGUAAUUGCAUCACUGAAAGUUGUUGGUUUUUGUAUCAGAUAGUUCUGUUGUUGCGAAGGUAUUCGUUCGUCGGACAGCACUGUUAAGCGCUUGACUCGUGUCCACGCACUGUGUAAAUGUGGGUGAUAUGGACCACUUCUUGUUUUUACUUUCUCUCGAUAAUUUUUGUUACCCUGUAUCUUUUCCACCGUUAGAGAUAUUUAUAAAAUGCGCUUCUGCAAGAAUGAUUAUGUAUAGAACUGUAUUUAUUGUCGUUAUUUCUUCUUACUUGUUUUCACUCACACGCCGUGUUGAGCUCCGCUCACUCCUGUCCCUGGUUUGGUCGCUCACCGGCGAGAAUGAACGCAAACGGCGCCCCAGAGACAGACCUCCCUUGUUGACCCCGCAACUCGGAGGUGUGUUUGGGGGGCAGCGUCAGGGCGGUGAUGAAUAUUGACAUCGGCAAGUCAAUAUUUUUUACUUAGUCUGAUGAGAACUGUGAUAUAGCGUGUCCGACGUGCGAUCCACUGCGCAGUGCAUCCCGACCUGGAGGAUGAACUGAAUGUGUGCCGGAUUGCAGACGCGGAGGAUACUGCGACUCUGUACACUAUGAGUAAUGUUAUAUAGAUGGGGCGGUUAUGUUACGCCCCAGGAAUUAACUUAAUGUCCGCAUUUUUAUGCACCACUCCUAUCAUUUCUGUACAUAUAAUACCAUGUAUUCGACAAAUAGUGCAAAUACUAAUUGUAAUUCCUACAGUUAAAGUUUCAGCAUAGAAAAGGCAGAUGAGUGAUAUUGUUAUGCUUUUAAUCGUCCGUCGACCUUGUCGGUCGUCAGGACGUUCAGCUUGAGAGGCGGGAACACUGCCACCAUUCGCAUGCAUAUUGACCAAUAGCACAAUUCACACUAUAUUUUAUUUCUUAAAGUGAAUAAAAGCCUUCGUUUAAAUAAAACCAUGGCCAAAAUUAUUGAAAAUUAAGAGGCCAUCUCCGUCUCUGGAAUUUCGAAUACUUUAAGCAUAUCCGCCGCGUUACUUUUGGAAAGCUCAGUUUACGCCGGACUGUUGACUGUCCUGCCUGCAUGCUGUGUCAGUCUGUAAUGCCAGUUUCAAUAAAAUGUUAAAGUAUGCUA